AUGCAUCGAAUCACUUCUCGCAUCUCGAGGUCUGUGGGGUUUUCACCAUUGCGUCCUAGUCACUCUCCCUAUACAGUGCCGCUUGUUCUGCUCUCGCGAAGCUAUCACACAACAUUACCGUUAAAUGCACCCAAAUCCGAGUCCCCUGCGUACCAGUGUGGUGAGUGUGGUAAGGCAUUCCGUUUACUAAAUGCUUUAAACCAUCAUAUCAUGACAAAGCACGCGGGUCACGCAAAGGCCAUGGUAAACAAAGGAGGGAAAUUAGAAGAAGUAAAACCUGAAGAGGCAAAGGGCAAGUCAUCGUCCGGAACUGAAACAACCUCAACCUCAACGACAGCAUCAGCAGCAGCAACUGCAGGGAAAAUGCAAGGACAUGUAGGAUUUCCAGGAAUGGCACAUUCCACAUUUGGAGGACCUUCUCUGUUUGGAGCUCCACUUGGUGGUGUUGGUGUUGCUGCUACUCUGGCGGCCUCUGGAAGUGCAGCGACAGGUACAACAACUGGAGUGGGGUCCGUAAACUCCACCUCAGAUAAUACUAUUGCUAAUGAUGAUGCGGAUAAGAAAUUAUUCGUUUGUACCAUUUGUCAAAAGACUUUUCGAUUGGAGGCAGCUCUACAACAUCACUAUCAAGCAAAACAUAAUAUGGAAAUGCCUACAUCUUCCACAAGUGGUAAUAAUAUUGGUCAAACAACCCAAAGCAAUACCCCUGCAGGUUCAUCAAGUACUGCUUUUGGUAGUUCAGGGGAUGAUGCGACGAAGCCUUCUUCUGGAAUGCAGUAUAUUCAUAGCCAAGAGUCUGUUCUUCCACAGGCUCCACAGUAUCACCUUGAUGUUGCCCCAAAUGCUCCUGAAGAGGGUGAUGUGGCUGCCCAUUGGCGUUGUGUAAACCAUUGCGUCGUAAUGGGACCAGUACAAAAUAUUCAAGAAGGAUAUGUCUUUGAGGAUAAGGUUGUUCAAUUUACACUCGUCACUGACUUUGAAGGACCAUCACCUGGGGAUCCUGACAAGGAUUUCCACACUGUGCGGGUUUUUGAUAUCACAUAUAGCGAUCAAGUAAAGAAGGAAUUAAAAGAAGGUGAACGAUUCCUUGUUACAGGCCGGUUACGCAUGAUACCACAAUACGACGCUGCGAUGAAGAAAUAUUAUCACUAUCCUGUUAUUCAGGUUCACCCUGGCUGUGGUUCUGUUGUGAAGGUAUAA